AUGGCUCUUUCUCUUGCCGACGAACUCGCUGCGUUUGACAACCCCCAAGCGGGGCCCUCUCAGAGCCUUGCCGCAGAGUUUGGACUCGACCUCGAAGCCGAGCUUGGGCUGGGCCCUGGAUCCGGUGAAUUUGGUAUGGAUGGCGGGGCGACUCUUGACGAUGAGCUCCAGUUUGGCGGAGGCUUCGGGCGGCCCAUCAACCCCCUGCCAACAGGACAGUCCGCAGAAGCACAGAUGAACACUGCAACGUCCUCCCCCCGCGGCUCGAUAGGAUCUCCCAGUCGACUGCACGACUUUGACACUUCCCUAUCCACCCCUCCAUCUCCCUCUUCACCCAUGUCCUCCACGUUUGAAGAACCGACUACGAAUCCAUCGACGCUCUAUCCUUUGGACGCUGCAAGUCAUUUACAAGGCGUCUCUUCUCCUCUUCGACCACCGAAUGAGGUGAGGGGCAAGGGUCUGAGGAGUGGGAAUUCUUCGAGGAGUUUAAGAGCGGGGAAGGAAGAUGAUGAGCCGUUGUUGGUGCUGUCGGAGGUCAUGACGACAAAUUCAAAGUUCAUCACCGGCCUUCGUCAGAUGGACGAGCCACACCCGCCUCUCCCCAGAGCGAACGCCUCUACCUCCUCCCGGUCUUCGACCCCACAGAUCAAAGCUAUACCUAAAGACACUGUCGAUACUCUACUACAUCGGCAUCUCGUCAAGAUGCAAGAGUCUGAGAGAGCCAGGGACGAACAGCUGCGUGAGCUGGGGGUGAUAAGCAGAGAUAUGGGCUCAGUCGCAUGGGGUGAGGCAGGCGAGCCUUCAUCUCCUAGACUUGACCUCGUGGAGGAGGACGAGGAAAAGGAAGAUACGGCGGAUCUGGGAUGGGUGGGCGAGAGCAUGGUCAUGCAAGAGGACGCACCCCGGCUUGUGGAUGACAUUGAUCGCCACCUGGAGGACGACGGCGUCGAGGAAGAGCCUUUCAACUCUACCGAUGCCCUCCUCGAAGAUCCAUUCUCCACCCCCCAGCUCGCCCCAUCCUCCGACCCUUCACGCACAAAUCACCCGAACCUUCCCGUACUUGCCAGCCAAACCCUCUCCGUCAUCUCCACCUCCACCUCCCUCUCCCACACCCUCUCAUCCCUCUCCGAUUCUCUUCAUACCUCCUCCUCUCAAUCGACGUUCCUCUCCCGCCAAAUACGCUCGCUACGCGCGGCAGUGCAAGGGUUCAGAGAGCGGGAAGAUAUGGAAGAUGAAGCUUGGAAGGGCGUUGAACAUUGGGAGAGGUCCAAGGUGGAGGAAGGUUUGCGAGGUGGGAAGGGGGUCAAUAUGGAGAUGGAGAGGGUUUGGGAGGAAUUUGAGGAAUUGUGGGAUGGGGCGAAGGCAGAUAUGGAUAGGAUUAGGAACGUGAGGGUAGAUGUGUGA